GAAAAAUUUCGUAAAUGCACCAUCUAUAUCUCAAGUCACUCCAGUUAAUGCAGAUGCUGACUAUGAGGAUGACCCUUGUGAGAAGGAGAUCGAAGAGGCUCUUGGGGAGAAAUUCCGGAGGAUACAUUGCCAAGUUCUCAUAAUUCUGAUGAUGAUGCCUCCGAUUCCGAUGAUAGACUCGAAUCACCCGAUCCAUAUUCUCGGGAUCUCAGCAUCAGCAAUAGUCGGUGACUUACAAACUCGAAGACGUGGAAUUUUAACAAUGAAAGAUUCCACGGUAUUCGAUGAUGAGUUUAACUCUAUGGAAUCAUUAGUACAGCGUCUUCACCAAGGAUUACUAUGCAAAACUUCGUUAAGUGAUGAAGGAGGUUAUUGGGAUCGUAGAUUUGUGAAAGAUAGGGUCGAAUUUGAUGACUCUCCAGAUAGUAAGAAGGCAAGGAUAAAAAAACUAUAUUAA